AACAAAGUGCCGGAAGCUUUCAUCAUAUUCAAAAUGGCUUACCAGACACUACAGCAGGAGUAUUUGCAGAUUCCUGUUGUCACCAGGGCAUAUACCACAGCAUGUGUCCUCACAACUGCCGCAGUGCAACUUGAGCUCAUCACACCGUUUCAGCUUUACUUCAAUCCAGAUUUGAUUCUAAGGAAUUACCAGGUAUGGCGAAUAAUAACCAACUUCCUGUUUUUUGGUCCAGUUGGCUUCAAUUUCCUGUUCAAUAUGAUCUUUCUUUACAGAUACUGCCGCAUGUUAGAGGAGGGUUCUUUCAGGGGAAGAACAGCUGACUUCGUCUUCAUGUUCCUCUUUGGCGGUUUUCUGAUGACUAUAUUUGGCACUUUUGUAAGUCUUGUGUUCCUAGGCCAAGCUUUCACUAUCAUGCUAGUAUACAUUUGGAGUCGACGAAAUCCAAAUGUGCGCAUGAAUUUCUUUGGCCUGUUGAAUUUCCAGGCGCCCUUUCUGCCCUGGGUCCUAAUGGGAUUCUCACUUCUGCUCGGCAACUCCAUCAUCGUGGACCUUUUAGGUAUUGCUGUUGGUCAUGUCUAUUACUUCCUAGAGGAUGUUUUCCCCAACCAGCCAGGUGGUGGAAGGUGGCUCAAGACCCCAUCUAUCAUAAAGAUGUUGUUUCACACUCCAGAAGAAGAUGCAAACUACAACCCCCUACCUGAGGAGCGCCCUGGAGGGUUUGCUUGGGGUGAAGGACAGCGCCUUGGAGGUUAAGUGUGGCCCCACAUCAUCCUUGGUUGUCAGGUCACUUCCAAGAAUAUUCCCUCAGAGAGAUGAAGGGGAGGAACAUGGUCUUUGCUUUUGACAUGUUAGUUUAUUUCUGGAUGAAGAAUGCCAAAACCGCUCUUGAUGCCAGAUCAUUGCUGUAAGACUAUUACAGAGAACACAAGCUUCAUAUUGAACUUUGAGCAGUGAGUCUUUGGGCUCAGCUGAUUUUUGUCUGAGAAUUUUUUUUAUGUCUUAUCAAAAUGAAUUAGUUAAGAUUGUAAGUGCAUUGUUUUUCAUUUCACCUUUUUAAAGAAUAAAAGAGUGUAACAAAUA